AGCAACCUGUUUAUGAAUAGGCCGGGGAAUUUCUGCAUUUUUGACUAACGACAAUAACUAACACCUGUCGUGAAUUUCCAGCAGUUUCUGGUGCUUUCAUUGAUCUUUAUUGUCUUUAAUGCCAGGAUCAGUGGCAAAUGCAAGAACACAAAAUUAGGCCUAAAAAUCUGCCGUUAAGCUGAAGUUGAUGGACAUUUAACUUUACCUUAAUAUGCCAGUUUUAUCGCUGAUCUAACAGCAAUGCAACACAACGUAACGCAUUGUGGCUGGCCGGCGCGCAACUUUCCGUACGUAUUCAGCCAGCCCGGUCUCCAGUACACGGAUCUGGUUCUGCGUCCAAUUUGGCUCUUUAUCUGCACCACCGGCAAUUUGAUCAACAUUAUUCUUCUGAGGAAACUCAGCACAUUUCAAGCAAUAUUUCUGAUUGCGGUGGCUGUUUUCGAUAUAAUAUUCAUGUGGUCAUGGUUUAUAGGGACAUACAUAACGGAUCACAUAGAAGACCAUAUUACUAACCCAUCUUUUCGGGGAUUCUUGAGAAUAUCGUGGUUUGUAGGGAAUGUUGCUUUACUGUGCUCCGACUGGGUUCUGGUCGCGUUCAGCAUAACACGCUUGCUGAGCAUCAUCGACCCCUUCGGAGUGGCGACGCGCUUCACAAAAUGCCGAAUGCGCAUCGUGAUCUUGUGUCUGCUCCCGGUGGCGGCCGCCAGCCAAAUGUUCACCCUAGUGGAUUACGCCACGCAGCAUACCCCAAUGGCCCACGCCACCUGGAUGAAGAACUGGCGCCGCGUUCAAAAUACGGAUGCUACCAUAGCCGCGCCGCUAUCGGCGUUGAUCGCGCUGCCGUUGAUCAACGCCGCGGUCAUUGGCAUCCUUAUCAAGCGCCGCCUGCUGAGCCGAUCGCCAACGGAAACCGGUCAGUGUAUGAGCGUCCCCAAUGGCCGUCAGUGGGUACUGAAUAUCGAGACGAAGAAAGGUCAUGUAACGGUGCGCUCCCACGGACGCGACAAGCGGACGUCGACGGCCGUGCGCUUGCUGACGGCCUCCGUCGUCAUGUACCUCGUCUUCCGCAUCCCCUUCGCCACGUGGCACACGAUGGAGAAAGCGGAACAGCACUGUCUGGUCCAUUUAACCGAUGACCAGGCUGUGAUACUGCAGGCCUUUUACUUCCAAUUUUUAUAUGCAAACUAUUCGGUUAACUUCCUGAUUUAUUGCGGUGUCAGUCGCAAGUUUUUCGCCCGAGCAGCGGGGAUAAUUGGGCACUGCCGCUGCCAGCCGCCACAUUCCGCGCGCGGCAGAUCGAAGAGUACGCAGCUGUCAACGGCAGCGACCAUUAGUGGACAUCUAGAAGGGACGCUGGAGGGACAGGCGCGACGCGAACCGCAGCACCCGAUCGUUCAUGAUGACAAGUGGUGCACUUCCCAUCCAGCCGAUUCGACGUCCAUCUGUCAUACCCAAGAACCGACCGAAGACAGCAACGCGCGCGGCAAAGAAGUCAUCUCGGUCGCGAAAAACUUAAGUACGGGUGGAGGCUACGAAAAAGAUUAAUUAAAAGUUAGAGCAAAGGCGAUGCUGAACCCCGAUAUGGGAGGUCAGUUGUCUAGACCGCAACGGGCAUUGCACAUACGCACUAAUGGAAAUCGGAAGAUAAUUUGUUUAGCUUGGCUGUUGCGUUCUUGU